UAGUGCCCAUGCUUAAGGAAAACUUUUCCUAUCUAUAAGUAAGAUUUGCAUUGUUAAACUAUAAAAAGCCAAAAAGAAAAUAAAAUUAGUGUAGUAUAGAUGGAAAUGUUUCAUUGGAUGAGUGGGCGUACAAGACAGGAUUUUUCUUGUUUAACUUAACCUGUUUCUUCUGGCUCCUUUAGCUGCUCAUAUGUUUGAUGUGUUUUUAUCUGCGUUUUCUUUGUGAUGGGUAUAAUGAAUACUAAGAGAUUUCACAUUUUUUAAUAGCAUGAGCUUCUUGUUCUUUUAAGAAACACGACAAUAAAACAUCAAGGUACACUGAGGGCUGAUAUGAAGAGUGCUAUUAAGAUCUGUACUAGGCUUAAUUUGGUUAAAAAUACCUUAUUUUCAGGCUAAACUCCCCUCUAUUCUGAGAACUUAUCGAGAUACACUGACUGCUGAUAUGAAGAGUGCUAUUAAGACUGCUGUUGCUGAGCUGCUUCCAGUUCUUGCUUCUCGAGGUUCAGAGUCAGAGUUCUUUUCUGGAGACAGAACUGUAGAUGCAGAUGGUGGAGGUGCAUCACUUGCUAGCAAGUUGAGGAGCCUAUCAUCUGACUGCUUUGUUCAUCUUUUGAGUGCUAUUUUCUUGAUAGUACAGGCACAUUUAGUGCGGGCUGCUGAAGUGAAAAAGGCCAUUGAAUGGAUUUUGAACAAUCGUGACGGUCAUUAUGCUGCUGAUUCAGUUGUGGCAGCUAUUGCUCAUGGUGCUGCAGCUGCAGAAACAUCACAAGAAAGUGAGGUUCAUGGUACUGCGUUUUUGCCAUAUUCAGCACAAAGAAGUGUUGCCAAGGGUCCUUCAUUUCAGGGAAAAUCAAUUGAUGCUGUGAACUCCUCCAACAUGUCAAAAAAUUUCAGAGCUGAUAUAUUGCGAGAAAACGCAGAAGCCGUCUUUGCAGCAUGUGAUGCGGCUCAUGGAAGAUGGGCAAAGCUUCUUGGGGUCCGUGCAGUUCUUCAUCCUAGGUUGAAAUUGCAGGAGUUUCUAGCCAUAUACAACAUUACCCAGGAGUUCAUUACUGCUACAGAAAAAAUUGGUGGGAGAUUGGGAUACAGCAUCCGUGGGACACUGCAAUCACAGGCCAAGGCUUUUGUUGAUUUUCAGCAUGAAUCACGGAUGUCAAAGAUUAAGGCAGUUCUUGACCAGGAAACCUGGGUGGAGAUAGAUGUUCCUGAUGAAUUUCAAUCCAUUGUCAAUAUGCUUUUUGCGUCUGAUAAUUUAACAUCUGAGAACUUUAAUGACACCGAGGAUGAUAAUUCAACCAGUUACAAUGGUGUGGUCACUAACCAUGAUUCUAUGCCAAUGGUAAACAGCAGUGCUGAACAUGAAAUUAUGCGGGCUAAUUCCAUUGAAGCAUCUAUGAAUAAUGAAACAUCAGAUAAACCCAAAUCCCUUGAUGAUUCAGUGGAACCAAAUAAAGGUCACGGUAGGAUUACAUCAGCACAUAGUAACGAUACUGAGAAGGACCACAAAAAAUCUGCAUCUCAGGCUCUUAAUUACAAAGGUGUUGGUUAUCACAUGGUCAACUGUGGCUUAAUAUUGCUGAAGAUGUUGUCAGAGUACAUUGAUAUGAACAACCUUUUGCCAACACUUUCUUCGGAAGUUGUUCACCGUGUAGUAGAAAUAUUGAAGUUUUUCAACACGAGAACAUGCCAACUUGUUCUUGGGGCUGGUGCUAUGCAGGUGUCUGGUUUGAAGUCCAUCACAUCUAAACACCUGGCAUUGGCAAGUCAAGUAAUUAGUUUCGUACAUGUUAUUAUUCCUGAGAUUCGGCAGAUUCUUUUUCUCAAAGUACCUGAGACAAGAAAAAUACUAUUGCUUUCUGAGAUUGAUCGGGUUGCCCAGGUUUGUACUUCAUUUUUAUUUAAUCUUUGUUCCUUUAGUCCUUUGUUAGACUUAUUCAAACGUUUUGUUCAUAGGUAGGAUGUUUGAAUGAUUGUUGGAAGUAUUGACAGUUCUGUUCAUAUAGUGAAAACUUACCUGUAGUUGAACAAGUCGGAAGAGUUUUUACAUUUAAUUGUGUUUCCUCUGAUUCCCCUUUUUUAUCAUCUGAAUGGAAAAGGAAAUAUUUUGAGGAGGCAAUGUAGUAAUAGAGAGGACACGACUUGAACAAGAAAUUAUAGAUGCAAUUGCAUUCACUGUUCUGGAGGUCUAUAGCUAAGAUUUUGCAGCCUUUAUCAAAAAUUGAUUUUAGGGAAAGGAAUAAUGAUAAGGAUCUCUGAAUAUGGUCCCCUACUAUAUCAUAUCAUACAUUAGAUUAUUUUUUCUCCUAAACUUGACUUUUUCUGCU